AAGUGGUAGUGCAAGUCAAUGGUUGCUCGAUUGAAAUAAAAUUGUUAAAUUUCGUGAUCCAAUUCAGAGAUGUCCAGUUUCGUGAAGCGCCGCGGCGCGGUGACCAUCAAGGGAACACGUGCCUCGCUACACAGCGGUCAAGCGAUCCUGUCGUCCGGAAAUCCUUCGUUAGAUCACAUUUUCGGUGGCGGUUUUCCCAUUGGAUCGAUCAUUGCUAUCGAGGAGGAUAAAUAUGCAAAUUACUCACGCGUUCUGACGAAAUACUUCCUAGCCGAGGGGCUAGUCAACAGUCAUUCUUCGUUUGUCGCCUCUUUGGAGGAGGACCCAGUGCAAUUGAUGAACAAACUUCCCACCCCGGUGGAGGACACCGAACCGGACAAGACUCCCAAAACACAAACCCCGGAGGAGAUGCGAAUCGCCUUCCGGUACAACAAUCUCUCCGUUGUCGAUUUGGAGCAAAAAUCCAGCACUCAGAUCGGUCACUUCUUCGAUUUGUCCAAACAAAUCGAAGAAUCCGAACUGGCCCGGCACGACAUCACCUAUUGGGACGGCUCUCAGCCUCCCUCCAAGCCCACCAACGCCUUCACCAAUCCCAACUUCCAGUCCCUGCUGGACGCCAUCCACCUCAAAUCCACACAACCCCAGUUCGAUCCAUCCAACGCGGAAGUCAAAGAGAAGAACCUCCUGCGAAUUUGCCUCAAUUCCAUCGGUUCACCUCUCUGGUACGACCGGAACUUCCCGGCAGACCUGCUGAAAUUCGUCACCAUUCUCAAAUCCAUCGUCCGAAACACCCUAUCCUGUUGCCUGAUCACUCUUCCGACCCAUCUCUUUCACCACCUGGAAGACAACCGCCUGUACGAUCGCCUCGUCGAUCAGCUGGACUUUUGCAUCGCGCUGGAGUCGUUUGCCGGCUCGGACAAGGAAACGAAUCCGAUCUUCAAGGAGUACCAUGGGUUGUUGGGUUUGGUGAAGAUUUCCGCCCUCAACACGCUGGCCGGCUUCGUUCCGGAGACACGGGAUUUGGCCUUCAAGCUGCGCCGGAGGAAGUUUGCGAUCGAAAAGCUGCAUCUGCCGCCGGAGCUGGGCGACGAUAAGGACGAGCGCGGCCAGAAGCUGGUGCAGACGAUGAGUUGCUCGGGCGGUGGUGUUAAAAGUAAGUUGGAUUUCUAGAUGGGUGGUUUUUUAGGAAAUAAAUGGAUUUUUGCGGAAUUAUAAACUGCUGCUGGUUGAGAGCGAUCCGAAAGCUAUGCAACGA